AUGAUUAAAGCAAUUUUAGUCUUCAAUAAUCAUGGCAAACCAAGAUUAUCCAAAUUCUAUCAGUACUUUAAUGAAGAUAUGCAACAGCAAAUAAUAAAAGAAACAUUUCAACUUGUAUCUAAAAGAGAUGACAAUGUAUGCAAUUUCCUUGAGGGUGGCAGCCUCAUUGGUGGAUCUGACUACAAAUUAAUAUAUAGGCAUUAUGCCACUCUAUACUUUGUGUUCUGUGUAGAUUCAUCUGAAAGUGAGCUUGGAAUUUUAGAUCUUAUUCAGGUAUUCGUAGAAACAUUAGACAAAUGUUUCGAGAAUGUGUGUGAGUUAGAUCUCAUAUUCCAUGCGGAUGCUGCACACCAGGUGUUGGACGAGCUGGUUAUGGGGGGCAUGGUGUUGCAGACCAACAUGUCAGAUAUAUUGUGUCGAUUGCAUGAGCAGAAUAAGAUGCAGAAGGCUGAGGCUGGCAUAUCUGCAGCCCCAGCGAGGGCAGUGUCAGCUGUGAAGAGUAUGAAUCUACCGCAGCAGUUGAGGGACAUGCGCUUGCCUGACCUACCGCAGGCCAUCAAGGAUCUGAAAUUC